AGAGGGGCAAUGUUGGUAAUUUCGCAUGGCUGCAACUUGCUUCUGCCAAACUUGGCUUUCACCAAACAAAACUCUGUUCCUCAGCUUCAUCUUCUUUUUCUUCAGUUGGAGGCGUUCUUCAUCUUCUGCAACAUGUUUGUUGCUCAAACAAACCUAAUAUCUUUUAAAGCCUCUACCUUUCAAUUCCCUCUAAUCCUUUCCUUCAACUACGAAAUGAACUUCCUUUUCCAUUCCCUCUCUUUCUCUCAUCCACUGUAAAAGCCCUUGCCUCCUUUCUCAUCCCCACCUCAACCUCCCAAAUUUGACCCAACCCAAGUCCCAAAAAAAAUAAAAAAAAUAAAAAAAGUAAUAUAUAUAUAUAUAUAUAUUUAUAAACUGGCCUUUGUAAAUACCCAAUUGGUUGAGUUAUUUUUUUAUUUUUUAUUUUUUUUUGUUGUUGUUGUUGCCCCACAUAUAUUAUCAGCGUCAAAUUCAUCGCUAUUAGGAAUUUUCGGUUCUGGGUGGUGCUAGGCAUUCUUUUCGAGUUUUAAAUUUAUGGACAUGGCGCUUGAUUCUACGAUUCUCAGUCCUUCGAGGUUUGUCCAUGGCUCCAAAUCAUUGAGUUUCUUGCAUCACAAUAGGCAUAUGAAAUUGCCCAUGAAGAGUUUGCAGGACAGCAAUAGAUACCCAUCUCGGUUGGCGUUGACUUGCGUUCGUUCUUGUGGUUUUGGGAGCUUUCUGGGUUCUACAUAUCAAAGGAAUAACUUGUUUGUGGGUAGAGCUAGUUUGAGAUCUGUAGAUAAACAUAGUGAGAAUUUGGGUGGUAAAAAUGGUCACUUGGCUUUGAAUUUUGAGCUUGUUAGGGCUUUGGUGAAGCAUGGAAUAGUUUUGGCGGCAAUGGUUUGUGGGGUUUUGAUGUAUGGCUGUAAAAGAGCUUUUGCAGUGGAGCGUGUUGUCAAUGCUGGGUAUGGUGUUAUUGGGCAGAGCAUAUUGUUACUGAGGAAUGCAUGGCCCAAGACAUUACAGGUCCUUCUAGUUUUCAAAGAUCAAGGUUUAAUUUUGGCAGCCCUUUUUGGUCUCUCGGCUUUUUUCUCAAUGGCAGAGACUUCAAUUACCACUCUGUGGCCUUGGAAGGUGCGUGAAUUAGCUGAGAAAGAGUCUGAAAAUGGCGUCUUCAGAAUGCUUCGGAGUGAUGUUACUCGGUUCUUAACAACCAUACUUAUUGGCACAACCGUUGUCAAUAUUGGAGCAACUGCUUUAGUAACAGAAGCAGCAACAGCAAUAUUUGGUGAAGCUGGUGUUAGUGCAGCAACUGGAGUAAUGACAGUUGCUGUGCUGCUUCUCACUGAAAUCACUCCAAAGAGUAUUGCUGUUCAUAAUGCCCAAGAAGUUGCUAGGUUUGUGGUCAGGCCAGUGGCAUGGCUUUCGUUGGUAUUAUAUCCUGUGGGAAGAAUUGUCACAUAUCUAUCGAUGGGAAUGCUAAAAAUGCUUGGGUUGAAAGGAAGAAGUGAACCAUAUGUUACAGAAGAGGAGUUGAAAUUGAUGUUGCGAGGGGCAGAGUUAAGUGGGGCAAUAGAGGAGGAAGAACAGGAUAUGAUAGAAAAUGUGUUGGAAAUAAAAGAUACAUAUGUUAGAGAGGUGAUGACACCUCUUGUUGAUGUUGUUGCCAUCGAUGCCAGUGCAACACUAGUAGAUUUUCACAACUUGUGGGUUACUCAUCAAUAUUCAAGGGUGCCUGCUUUUGAGCAGCGUGUUGAUAAUAUAGUUGGCAUUGCAUAUGCUAUGGAUCUGCUGGAUUAUGUUCAGAAGGGUGAACUACUAGAAAGUACUUCUGUUGGAGAUAUGGCUCACAAACCUGCAUACUUUGUGCCUGAUUCAAUGUCAGUGUGGAAUCUUCUGAGGGAGUUCCGUAUCAGGAAGGUUCACAUGGCCGUGGUUCUUAACGAAUAUGGUGGAACCAUAGGAUUAGUGACUCUGGAAGAUGUGGUGGAGGAAAUUGUUGGGGAAAUAUUUGAUGAAAAUGAUUCAAAAGAAGAGAUCCAGAAAAAGACAGGCUACAUUGUGAUGAGAGCAGAGGGUGUAUUUGAUGUAGAUGCUAAUACAUCUAUUGACCAGCUUUCUGAAGAUCUAAGUAUCAAAAUGCCAGAGGGUCAUCAAUAUGAGACAGUAUCAGGUUUUAUAUGCGAGGCAUUUGGAUAUAUCCCCAGGACAGGUGAGAGCAUCAAAGUAGUUCUUGAAAAGGAUAACGAAGAGGAAAAUGAUGAAGAGAAUGAGAAAGAGGAUCCAAAGGAAAAACAUCUGAUAUUUAAACUUGAGAUACUAGCAGGAAAUGCCAGAAAGGUUAGUGCUGUUCGAUUUGAACGGAUAGACAAAGACAUUGAGGAGUUGGAGACCAAAGAGGUGACUCGCUUGGUUCCCAAAAUCAUGAAAAGGAAGUGGAGUGGUGAUGAAGACUCAGAUAGUACUGAUGAUGAGGAUUCUUUCCAGAAGAAACCAGAGGAUGACCUUCCUCAUGAACAUGCACGUGAAGGUGAAGACAAUAAGUAGACCUAGUAGACAUAAAUUACAUUUCUUGUUUCCCUAUUCUUGAGUCCAAUGAAGAGUUAAAAAUUGAGAACUAUUAACAACUAUAAGAAUCAGCAAUGAACAGUGUAAAAUUUUUUGAGAGAUAUACAAAGUAUCCAUUUUGUAAA